AUGACGACGGUUAGCCCCUUUGCGGAGUUCCUAGGACAAGUGCUCUACCAGUUCGAGAUCAUCAGGCCUCUCCUUCCAACAUAUGGCCAUCUGAUUCUGUCCGCCCUGUUUCCAAUCUAUACGGGAGCCCAUGCGUCUCUAUCAAGGCCGUCGUCGGCCGCCAAACCGCCGAAGAAGAUCAAGGACGAGUCUGGAGACGAGGACGAAGAUGAAGGGAAAGAUAAUCUGCAAAAGAUGGAAGGCUUGGAGCCAUCAGACGCUCUGAUGUUCCCUUUGAUGGCUGGUCUUACGUUAGGCGGCCUUUACCUAAUCAUCAAAUGGUUGGAGGAUCCGGCCAUUCUGAACAAGAUCCUGAGCUGGUACUUCUCUCAGGUGGGCAUAUUCUUUGCUACGGCUUUUCUCAAAGAUGGCCUUUUGGUAUUAAGGUCAUUCGUUUUCCCUUCGCGUUACCGGUCUGGUGGACGCAUUUGGAAAGCCAAACAAUCGCAACAUAUUUUUGCAGUUGUUGAAGAGGAGGACAAUCCAAAUCAGCAGAGCGUACAUGUCCGUCACUCACCACUUCCAGGGAUUCUGGGGGCCAUUCCUUUACCAAGCUUGGUAUUAAGCUUUCUAUGGUUCUGUCGCGGCCUUGCAUAUCAGAAGGUCACUUUGCGGGCUCAUGUGCGUGGUGUGCUGGAUAUCAAGAGUCGGUUUGGUCUUCUUGAUGCCACCGGAGGAGCUAUAGCUCUAUCUGCUGUCGCUUAUUUCGCUUUCGUGACCAAGCCAUGGUGGUUGACUAACCUCCUAGGUUUCAGCUUUUGUUAUGGCGCCCUGCAGUUCAUGUCGCCUUCCACCUUCUGGACAGGAUCCUUGAUUCUGGGCUCACUGUUCUUGUACGAUAUCUAUUUCGUCUUCUUCACUCCAUUGAUGGUGACAGUAGCGACGAAAUUGGAUGUCCCAAUCAAGCUGUUAAUUCCCCGUCCACCAAGCCCCGAUGAAGCCCCGGACACGAUAUCGCUGGCCAUGUUGGGAUUAGGCGACAUUGUGAUCCCAGGUAUGAUGGUGGGUUUGGCAUUGCGCUACGAUCUCUUCCUCUAUUACAAGCGCAAGGGUAUCCAAAAGGCACAAGCUGCAGGCACAGGCGAAAAAUUCAUUAAACCUCAGUACCAAACUGCGACAGGCGGUUGGGGGGAGCGCUUUUGGGCUCGACAAAAGCCCUCUCACGAGCCCCGGUUCCAUCCUCCGUACCCGGAUGCUCAAUCGUUUCCGAAGACCUAUUUCUAUUCCAGUCUUGUUGGCUACACUAUCGGCAUGGUUGUCACCCUAUUGGUGAUGCAAUAUUCGAACCAUGCCCAACCAGCUCUCCUUUAUCUUGUCCCAGGUGUUCUCAUCUCACUGUGGGGUACAGCACUCGUGAAAGGCGAGCUUCGUUCAAUGUGGGAGUUUUCCGAUUCCACAGAGGACGAGGAGGAUGAAAGCGCCAAGGACAUUAAGCGGGAGGAGAAGCAGGGAAAUGCUGACAAGGGUAUCCGUCGGAGUCUAUUUUCCCGCAUAUUGUCCGGCGAUAUCAAAGGUCUUCCGGGCGUUUUGGAGGGGGUGAAGACUGAGAAGGACACCAGGUCGCCUGUUCCGCCAGAUAACAAUGCCUCCGAGGCUGCUGCGGGAGCGAGCCACGUCCCGAAAACUGAACGCAAGGAGACAGAUCUAAUCUCGUUCUCGAUCUCCUUGCCAAGAAGGAAGGCGCCUCAUCUACGAAAAGAUUUCGUAUCCAACAGCACCACAUCUGCGGUUGAACCAAAAGGGGCUGCAUUGUCGUCUGCAAUCGAGCGGGACGGCGAGCCUCCGGCUAAGAAGAGACGACCCAGUCCUAAAAAUGACCGGUGA